AUGAGCUUGUCUGUGAGUGAAGACGAGCUGUUGCAGGCAUACCAACUCUCUUCGCUGUAUCCUCAGCGAUGGGAGGAUGGUGCGGCAAGGCAGGGAGAUCGUGAGGCCGUGGAGAAGACACAUGCGGCCAUAGAGGAGUGGUCCGAUCCCAUGGGCCUUCGUUCCACGGUGCCGGCAUCACGUCUCACUGAGCCUAACCAGCUCGACAAGAUCAGUAUUGGAAGCAAAUCCUUUGACCCAAAAACAUUCUUAAAUACGGUGCAUCCGAAUGCAUCGUUUGCCGAGCUUUCACAGGGCGCAAAGCAGCUUAAAACGAGCAUCGAACAGCGCUCAGAGGCGCUCAAAGUGUUGGUGGACGAAAACUUUGACCGAUUCGUGAGUGUGAAAGCGACGACCGAUGAGGUAUUCCGAUCCAUGACAGAUCCUGACGUGGGACCGCUCGCUGAUCGAUCCGACCAAGGCGUACAAGGUCUCCGAACAUACGUGACAGAUGCAAGUGUCAAGGCGGAUAGCGUAUUCCGACCUGUCCUAGAAAACUAUGUCAAGUCUAUGAAGCUGAGAAAUACGCUUGGUGUAUUCCAGCGGUCGCGUUUCUUUUUCAACCUGCCUGGAUCACUGCAAGAAUACGUGGAGGCCGGGAAUUACGAGGCAGCCUUGCGUGACUACAACAAAGGCAAGUACUUGCUAGAAAGUCGGCCAGCACAGUUGUUGCCCAUUCAUAGCGAUGGCACCAACACGGACCCACCUACAGAGGCACAGCUCGAGCAGCAGCGCCGGAUUUUUGCGCGCGUAUGGGACGGCGUGGAAGAGGUGAUGUACGAUAUGCAGUCCAAGUUGCUGGGUAUCCUCCGUGAACCGCAUCGCAGUGUGGACGAGCAGGAAAAAUGUAUUGAGGUCUUGUUGGAGCUGGACCCCACCUCAGAUGUGGUGGCCGUGUUUCUCGAGUCACAGCAUGAGCAUAUCAAACAAGUGCUGCAUUCUACGUACACACGUGAAGAGCAAGUGUUUUCAUCCUAUCGGGAAGCCGAGAAAGACUGCUCCGAUCUGGAGCUGGCGAAGAACCUGUACGACUGCCUGUACUUGGUCCGUACCUCACCCGGAGCCAAGCCAUCCUUUGACAAAGUGCUGGGUGCGCAAACCUGGCAAGCGGCCGACAACCUCGUAGAGCAGCUAUGUCAGACGGCCCUGCAUACGAUUCCUAUUUUUUGGCGCAUUGCGCGUGACCAUGCAGAGGGCAAAUUCGGCAAGGACAAGGCCUUUUCUACCUCGUCUAUUCAUGCCGAAGCCAAAGCUUGGGGCGUGCAAAGCAUUGAUCUAUUCACGAAAAGUCUCACGCAGUUCUUUGGCUUGGAAUCUUUCCGUGCCCGCUCGAAAAAGCCCCUCUUUUCGCAGCUGCCUGCGUGGGUGUCCGCCACGACGUGCUCGCUGAGCGCGACCCACGCCAUGAGCCAAAUCCUCUCCACAUUGAGUGACACCGUACGUGAUUUGCGCAAUUUGGCGAUCCCAGGUACAUCUACACAGCUCCAUGCUUUGCUGCUUGAUACCCGUUUCCAGUUCACCGAAAUUCUGUGCUAUUUGUGGCUGCGUGACGCGCGACUAUGUCAUUACUUGGAGAACUGGACCCCCAAUACGCAGCAGCCUGCCAUCACGUCGUACCUCUUCGCUUUCUCUGUGUUCAAUCGGUGGAACGCACGUGAGGGUUUCGUCUUGGCCGAUGUGCGGAUCAAGAAUGGUAGCAAGAACCCUGAAGGCGAAGUGGAUACUGCUUUCGUGGGUCGGCUGAAAGAGUCCUUCACACAAGUCUUGCAUACCUUCCUUGACGGUAUCGUGACUGCUGCGCAAUCGCCUCUGGACAUGCCCGAACUACAAUCUCUCCUUCGUAUACCACAUGAAGGUCGCUUGCCUCCGCCACGCGAUCGCGAUACCAGGAUUCUGCUCAGUGCCUCGAACUUAUCACAUCUGCACUCCCAUGUUAUACGCGCUUGGGUCAAACAGUUCGAAGAGGCGUAUCAGGUAUCGCUAGGGAGUGAGCAACAGCAUUUGCUGGAUGUAUGUGCCCAACUGGAUCGUGAAUUGCUAGGCGACUCAGUGCGCCAGAAAGGCAAGCUUGUAGCCUCCAUUGUCCGCAAAGGCAUCCUAGAGGAGGGGAUCAAUUGGGGCCAGCUUGGCAAGCCCAAAGGCGUCAAUUCGUUCGUGUACCAUGCGCUUUUGUCGUUGGUCCAGGUUCAUGCGCAGAUUCGUGCGACAGUACCUGCUCUCGUAUCGCGGGUGAUUAUGGCGCUGGUGGAGAUUCUGGCCGAUGCCAUUCUGGAUGCCUUCAGCAAAGUACCCACGUUCAAUAUGGGAGGAAUGCUACAGGCUACGCUGGAGAUUGAAUUUGUACAUCAGACCUUGGCGUAUCAUGUUUCGCCCAAGGCUGAAGCGACACUCAAGCAUGUGUAUGAGACGAUCAGCACGAAAUACUCCGCCACGGCUGGUAAAAACGACGGAUCCCUGCAAAAAGAGCUCGAGGUUCCUAUGCUUCCGGCGCCCUAA